AUGUUUCUCCUGUGGAGUGCCCUUCUCGUAUGGGCUUACACAGACGCUUCAUUUUGUGGGACAAGUGGCGUCCCAUUUAGCGUUGAGGUGCUCCCUUCAGGAUCUCCUGUGCUUGGGUGCGCCCAGCCAUCGUGUGUAGCCCAUUCUGCUGAUGAUUUUGAUGACAGCGUUUUUCAUACUGACGCAUCAGGACAGAUCGAUGGAUUUUUUCGAGAAGGUGACAAAUCGCAAGGGCACCUUCAGAUGAACAAACUCAGAGCGAACUGCUCUGGCAAUUUUGAUCGAUUGGCUUGCACGAGGAAAGAAUCAGUGGUUGGUGGAAUUGAGUUCAUAAAUCAUCCGCGCCAACCGCUUCUCCUCCAGUGCUGCACCUUUGAAGGACUACGAUUUUCUCAAAUUGUCGGUGUCACGUCGAUACGUGCUGGCGAGGCGGUUACCGGUGGCGAAGUAAUUCGCGCUGGUCGUCAGAUUUCUUUUGAUGUCAUCGCGAAUAUCCGCAAGGUCAUCGAUCGAGAUGAUCCGAGAAUGACAUCCUUCGAAGUUACUGGAGAAGAAAUGAACUGCCUUUCGGAUCCUCACGAACUGGAAGCAGAU